AUGGAGUAUGUACAAUUAGGAGAAAAGUUAGGUUUGCAAGGAACUGAGUUACAAGAGUUUGUUGACAGAAAAGAGAGAGAAUAUUUUGAAAGGAUGGAAAGGGCAGCAGAGAGAGAAGCGAGAAAGAUUGAGAGCGAAAUUGAAUUAGAAAAACUUAAGAAAGAAACUGAAUUACAAAAAUUAAAAGCUGGAGAAUUAGCUGUAGAUCCAUUAGGUCUUGCUUCUCAAUCGCUUGCUAAGUUGCCAAAGUUACCUCCGUUUGAUGAAUCUAAAGAUUGUAUUGAUUCAUAUUUACAGAGAUUCGAAAGGUUUGCUUCGUGUGCUAAGUGGGAACAGUCUUCAUGGGCGAUUAAUCUUAGUGCUCUCCUGAAAGGUAAAGCUCUUGAGGUGUAUUCUAGACUUCCAGUUUCAGAGGCUCUGAAUUAUGGUACCUUGAAACAAGCGUUGUUAAGGCGUUUUCAACUGACGGAAGAAGGGUUUCGUGUCAAAUUCCGUUCCAGCAGACCAGAACAGGGUGAGAAUCCUUCACAAUUCUUUGCUAGGCUGAACAAUUAUGUUGAGAAAUGGUUGUCUUUAGCAGAUAGUCCUAAAACAUAUGACGGUCUUAAAGAUUUGUGUUUAAGAGAACAGUUUUUAAACAGUUGUAGUAAGCAGUUGGGAAUGUAUCUUAAAGAAAGACAUCCGAAGCUCAGCGUAGAAGAAAUGUCAAAACUCGCAGAUCAAUUUAUUGAAGCUCAUGGUUAUACUUCAUUCACUAAAGACUUACAAGUUUUUCAGAAGCAACCAUCAAGCACUUACAACGUUCAGAGUAAUAACAGUGGAUCCAUUCAAAAACAACAGGCGUACCAAGGAUCACUACAGCAAAAGGGUGAGAGAAAAUGUUACAUCUGUGGGAAAAGUGGUCAUUUGGCAAGAAACUGUUUCUCCAAGCAGAAAAUUCCUCGUGCAGUACCUACUUCGCACAAUACUCAAAAGGCUGCAGUGUUACAGAGUCAACAUAACUGUGAGUUGAAUUGCAUAAAAUCUAAUGACAAUUCUAGUUCCAGCUUACAGAAUUCUGCUGAAGUCAAGACGGACAAUGCUAUAUCGCAUCAAAAUCAGCCUCACAUAGGAUCAGCAUGCAUUCUCAAACAUAAACUGUUGCAGUGUUGUGUCACAGAUGGACUUGUAAAACUCGCAUGUGGACACAUAUUACCUGUUAUUGGAGGCGUCUGCAAGGUUUGUGAAAAGAUGCCCGUUGCUAUGGGUUAUGUCGGUGAGAACUUUGUUAAAGUAUUAAGAGACUCAGGUUGUAGUGGUGUUGUUGUGAAGAGAGAUUUGGUUACAGAUGAUCAGCUGACUGGGCAAGUGCAGAAAUGUGUUCUGAUAGACGGCACAGUUCGUACAGUGCAGGAGGCUUCCAUCUAUGUCGACACUCCCUAUUUCACAGGUAAUAUCAAUGCUCUAUGUAUGAAAGAACCUGUUUACGAUCUUAUUAUAGGUAACAUCAAUGGUGCCAGAAAUCAGACGGAUCCUGAUCCACAGUGGUGUAGAAAAGACGUUAGAGAAGAGUGUAGUCAAGUUCUUCAAGCAGUACAGACAAGGAAUCAAAAGAAAAAAGAAGAGAAAGGUAUGAAAAAGCUAAAAGUUACAGAUUUAGUGGAUACUGAUAUGACAAUUGAUCUGAUGAAACAACUGCAGAUGGAUGAUUCUUCCUUGAAAGUGUAUCGUGAGCAUGCAGCGACUGGCAGAAAGAAGAACAUUGGUGAAAAUAUAGAGACAUGGUUUAGUGUUGAAAGAGGACUGUUGUACAGACAUUAUCAUUCAAGAAAGGUUAGUGAUGAAAAACUGUAUAAACAACUUCUUGUUCCAGAACCUUUGCGACAGAAAGUUAUGAUGAUUGCGCACGACAGUAUCCUAGGCGGACAUCUUGGUACAAAGAAAACUCUAGACCGUAUCAUGUCGAAUUUCUAUUGGCCUGGAAUCCAGGGUGACGUGACGAGAUAUUGCCAAUCAUGUGACAUAUGCCAAAGAACAUUUCCUAAAGGCAAAGUGACGAAGGUUCCGUUGGAGAAAAUGCCACUUAUUGAUACACCAUUUGAACGGGUAGCCGUAGAUUUGGUAGGUCCGCUUUCUCCAAUUACUGACAAAGGCAAUAGAUAUAUUUUGACUGUUGUAGAUUACAGUACUAGGUAUCCAGAGGCGGUUGCAUUGAAGAACAUCGAUACAGAGACGGUGGCAGAAGCGUUGGUAGAGAUAUUCAGCAGAGUUGGCAUUCCAAAAGAAGUUCUGUCGGACAUGGGUACGCAAUUUACCUCCAACAUCAUGAAAGAGGUGGGUCGACUUUUAUCAUUUAAGCAAUUAGUAACAACUCCAUACCAUCCAGCAUGUAAUGGACUAGUAGAAAAGUUCAAUGGUACUUUGAAGUCAAUGUUAAGGAAAAUGAGUUUUGAAAGACCAAAAGACUGGGAUAGAUAUUUACCAGCAUUGUUAUUUGCUUAUCGAGAAGUUCCACAAGAAAGCACUAAAUUUUCUCCAUUUGAUCUAGUUUAUGCACGUAAUGUUAGGGGACCUAUGAAAGUUUUGAAAGAACUGUGGACGAAGGAGGAGAAGGACCCGGAAGUGAAAACUACUUACCAGUAUGUGCUUGACCUUAAGGAGCGACUAGCAAGAACGUGUGAGCUGGCUCAGAGAGAACUUCAGAAGUCCAAAGAUUAUCACAAGAAACAGUACGAUAAAAGAACAAAGCCGAGAUCUUUCAAGGUUGGUGAUUUCGUUCUUCUUUUGCUUCCAACAGACCAUAACAAACUUUUAAUGCAGUGGAAAGGACCUUUCAAAGUAGUUGAUAGAAAAGGACAAACUGAUUACCAGAUAGAUAUGAAUGGACAUAUUCGUUUGUUUCAUGCAAAUUUAUUGAAGAAAUACAAUGUUCGAGAGGAAAGGAAUACAGACUCGCCAACAACUUUAGCCUCUUGUGUCGUUUUGGAAUCGGAGGAAACAGAGGACUCCAGUAAUGAACAUUUGUUACAUCUUCUUCCAAUGAAGGCAACAGAAUCAUUCACAGAUGUUAAGGUAAAUCAUUCACUGUCAUCAGAUCAGCUUGAAUCCAUUAAUGAUGUCUUACAUGAAUUUCAGGAAGUUUUAACAGAUCUACCUGGUAGAACGAAUGUUAUCCAGCAUGAAGUUCAUCUCACUACCAAAGAACCAAUCAGAAACAGACCAUAUCAGAUACCGUAUGCAGUCAGAAGUGCAGUCCGAGAAGAAAUACAGCAUAUGAUUGACAUGGAUAUCAUCGAACCAUCAGAAUCACCGUAUGCUAGUUCGAUUGUCGUGGCAAAGAAGUCCGAUGGUAGCCAGAGAAUAUGUGUGGAUUUUCGUAACUUGAAUAAGGUAACGAUUUUUGAUCCAGAACCAAUGCCAGAUCCAGAUGAAAUCAUGACUAAAAUAAGCAAUAGUCGUUUCUUUUCUAAGCUUGAUUUAUGUAAGGGUUAUUGGCAGAUUCCGAUGAGAGAAGAAGACAGAGAUUUAACAUCAUUUUUAACACCAGAUGGUUUGUACAGAUUUAAAGUAAUGCCCUUCGGUAUGAAGAAUAGCCCAGCUACUUUUAACAGGCUAAUGAGGAAAAUUCUCAAAGGUUUAGAGCAUACUGAUAGUUUUGUUGAUGACAUUCUCAUUCAUACAGAAACUUUUGAAGAACAUAUUACAGAACUGAGAAAAGUGCUGGAGAGACUUCAGAGAGCGCAAUUAAUAGCAAAACCAUCUAAAUGUGAGCUAGCGCAGACGAAACUUGAGUACUUGGGUCAUGUUAUUGGAGGAGGAACCUUACAGCCAACCAACAAGAAGUUAAGAGCUAUCCAAGAAGCACCAAGGCCAGAGACAAAGAAGCAGGUUAGAUCUUUCCUUGGUUUGAUUGGCUAUUAUAGAAAAUUUGUGCCAAACUUUUCCUCUAUUGCUGCUCCUUUAACUGACUUAACCAAGAAAGGUGUUCCAAACAAAUUUGACUGGAAACAAGAACAUGAUAAUUCAUUUAAGAGUUUAAAAUCCAUGUUGCUAUACAGCCCAAUUCUCAGAUUACCAGAUUUGACGAAGCCAUUCAUCUUAAGAACUGAUGCAUCUAAUCAUGGAGUUGGUGCAGUGCUGAUGCAGAAGCAUGAUGGACGUACAUUUCCAGUUGCGUAUGCAAGCCGGAAGCUGCUAGACAGAGAACAACGUUAUUCGGUUGUGGAGAAAGAGUGUCUUGCAGUUGUAUGGGCUAUACAGAAAUUUCAGUCUUACUUGUAUGGAAGAGCGUUUGUUGUGGAGACAGAUCAUAGAUCACUACUUCAUUUACAAAAGACUAAAGUUUCAAACAGCAAAUUGAUGAGAUGGUCUCUUUUUCUACAAGCGUUCAACUUUAGAACUGAAGUUAUUAGAGGUGUAGAUAACAUUGGAGCUGAUUUUCUCAGUCGUGUUGUUCCUGAGUAA